GCAGCAACAAUUGCUGUUGCAGCAGCAGCAGCAACUUAAGCAAAAACCAACUAAAGAGCAACAGCAAUUGGCUGCACAGCUUAAUCAACAAAAAGCUUUGACUCAACAUCAGCUACAGUUGGCUAAAGGACAAUACAAUCAGCAACUUGAGUUGGCCAAGCAGCAGCUGCAGCAGCAACAAGUCAAAGGCAAAUUGCCAGAGCUAGAGACACGCGCAAAGCCGCCAGCUAAUGAACUACAACAAGCUUAUGAGCGCCAGCAGGAAUUGCUCUUGCAUCCAUUGGCUGAACAGCAGCUAAACAAAUGCGAUGCUGAAGCUGCUGCCAAAAUGCUGGAAAUUGAGCAGCAGCUGAUGAUCGAUGCUGUAAAGUUAACUUCCAAUGCAAGUUCGCUGCAGGCAGCAGCUGCUGCUGAUACACAGAAGGAGUUCGAGCAGAUGGAGCAAUGGUUGGCUCAGCAGGACGAAAAGCAAUUGAACGAUAUGGAGUACGAGCUGGCAGAUGUGUCCGACUUUAUAAGCCAUUUGCCAAGUUUGGCUGAUCCAACGAUAAGAGAGGGCUUGGUGGUGAAUCUUAUGCAGGAAUUGAAGGUAAAGGAAGGCGGCUCUGAGUCCGGAUCGGAGUCGGGCUCGGGCUCAGACUCGGACUCGGACUCAGACUCGGACUCUGGAUCUGGAUCUGGCUCCUGCUCUGCCUCAGGCUCUGGUUCGGGUUCGGGCUCUGGUUCGGGCUCAGGCUCUGGCUCGGAUUCCGAUUCCUCUGGCUCUUCGUCUGCAGAUAAUGCUUAAAUGAUUAAUGAUUCAUAAUAUGUAAAACAUUUAUAUAAAAUAAAUAAACUUA